AUGGGGGUUGCUAAACUACUCUCUGGAAUAGCUGCAGAUAGCAUGCAGAGUGAUGCUACAACCUCAACCCUCCGCACUCUCACAUAUGAUCAUACCAUCUGGGUCCACGGUGCUUUUACAUCUUCCUCUCCAUCUCCCUUGCUUACUGCUCUCGACGUCAAGUUCCCUGUCCAGAAAGACUGUUUCAGAGUUCCACUGGGUUUCAUCCCAUUCCUUGAGACUCUUUCCUCCCUGCGCAUUCUCAUCUUGCAAAACCACAAACCAGCCCUCUCAUUAUCGCCAAUCGCUCUUCCAGCUCUCUGUGCAAUUUCUGCCCUAUUCUCUGCCAUCACUUCUCUCAGUUCUGGCCAUAGUAUUGUUAAACUUGACAUCCGUGACGAGGCUGCGCUUACGCCGCUUUACAAAGCAUUUGCAGCAGUGCACUCUGAUUGGUCAAUGGUGCAAGAGCUUUCACUGUUCGUAGGGGACUGGGAUGAUGAGCUUAUGCUGGUCAUCAUCACACAUUUUCCUAAGGGGAGGGCCAAGCAAGGACACCAUCAUCGGGAUGCAUGUGUGCGUGUGAUGUAG